GUUGACGGUGCAAUCUCAAAUUCACCUUAUUACAUUACUAACGUGCGCGAUUGUACACAUGUUUAAUCCUUUAUUGAUUUACAUUUAGUAAUGGUAAUAGGUUCAUAAUGCUCACUACAAAAACAUUUUUCAAGAAAAAUAGGAAGGGAGGUGUGAUGAAGAUAAAUCGGGAACAUUAUCUUCGAGAUGACAUCUCCUGUGGAUCCGAGAUCUGUGAUCUAUGUGCUUGUAUGGGUGGAAGUACUCCGCUUGAUACUAAGAGUUCCAUUCCAACCACGAUUGUGAAAGGCUGUUAUUAUCUUAUUCCCGAUACAAAUAUUAUAAUGCAUCAGUUGGAUAUCCUUGAAGAUCCCACGAUUAAAAAUGUUAUAAUUCUCCAAACAGUUUUGCAAGAGGUAAAGAACCGCAACAUCGCAGCUUAUAAACGACUCCAAGACUUAAUAAGCCAUCCAGAUAAACAUUUCUAUAUUUUUUCAAAUGAAUUUCAUCAGUCAACAUACAUUGAACGUGAAGCAGGAGAAUCUUCUAAUGACCGUAAUGACCGUGCCAUUCGAGAGGCCACAAAGUGGUACCAAGAACAUUUAAAUUCUGUCACCAAUGGCAAAAAUAACAUAAAAGUUGUUCUUCUCUCUGAUGAUGUCACCAACAAGCUGAAAGCAGAGGAAGAUGGGAUUCUUGGAUUUAGUAUGAACUACUUCAUCAAGAAUUUGAAAAAUGCUACUCAUCUACUUGACAAGUUGGCAUCUCAUGAAGAAAACAAUCAUCCUAUUGGAAGAACUUUAUUCCCAGAGCAUUUAUCAUUUUCUGAGAUACAGAAAGGUAUUAAACUUGGUAAAUACAAGCAAGGAAAAUUCCAAGCAAGUCGAGAAAACUACCUGGAGGGUAGAGUGAGUGUUAUUGGUGCAGAUGAGAUGGUUUUAGUUGUUGGCCGUGAAAACCUUAAUCGUGCUGUCAAUGAGGACAUUGUUGCUCUUGAAAUCUUACCUGAAGAAGAAUGGACUUGUCCAUCCUCCAUUAUAAUGGAAAAUACAGCAGACGAAGUGAAGGAAGAAGAAGUAGAGGAUGAAAUUAAAAAGUCCAUCAACAAAGUUCCAAAAGAAAAACGUCAACUAACUGGACGUAUUGUUGGUAUUAUACGGCAGAACAGACGAAAUUACUGUGGCAUUCUUCAGCUAUCAGAUAUAAAGGAGAAAAAGACCCAUCUCUUCAUCCCAGCAAAUAAGUUAAUUCCUAAAAUUCAGAUCCGCACCGAACAAGGCAAGGAACUUGUUGGACAACGUAUUAUAGUUGUCAUUGAUAAAUGGCCCCAAUAUUCACGAUUUCCUAUGGGACAUUUUGUCAAGAAACUGGGUCCAAUUGGAGAUAAAGACACUGAAAAUGAAGUCUUAUUAUUGGAACAUGAUGUCCCCCAUUCUGAAUUUUCUCAAAGAGUGCUUGAGUGUUUACCGAAGUUGCCAUGGAUCAUAACAGAUGAGGACUUGAAACAAAGACAAGACAUUCGUCAUAUCAACAUCUGCAGUGUUGAUCCUCCCGGCUGUACUGAUAUUGAUGAUGCACUUCACUGUAGACUCUUAGAGAAUGGUAAUUAUGAGGUUGGUGUCCACAUUGCCGAUGUAUCUCAUUUCAUCCGCCCAUACACAGCUAUAGAUGAUGAGGCCAAACACAGAGCAACAACAGUCUACUUGACCGAUCAGAGAAUAGACAUGGUACCUGAAUUACUCAGCUCAAAUCUGUGUUCCCUUCGAGACGAUGGUGACCGCUUUGCCUUUUCCGUCAUCUGGGAGAUGAAUGUAAAUGCCGAGAUUAUAAGCACUAAAUUUCAUAAAUCCGUUAUCCGUUCAAAGGCUUCAUUCACCUACCAAGAGGCUCAAUCAAGAAUUGACAGUGAUUCUACAGAUGAACUGACUGAAGGUCUACGUCGACUGAACAAUCUGGCAAAGAUUCUAAAGAAGAAGAGGAUUGAAAAUGGUGCCCUCGUGUUAGCAUCAAGUGAGAUCCGGUUCCACAUUGAUAGUGUAACUCAUGAGCCAAUUGAUGUUCAAGCUAAAGAGAUUAGAGACACUAACUCAAUGGUUGAAGAAUUCAUGUUGCUGGGCAAUAUCGCUGCUGCUAAAAAGAUCUACGAAACUUUUGCAGAAUUUGCUGUUCUACGUAGACAUCCUGCACCACCCAUCUCCAACUUCAAACCUUUGAUAAUGGCAGCAGCCUCCAGGGAAAUUGAAAUGGACUGUUCCACAAGCAAGGCUUUAGCUGAUUCUUUGGACAAUGCAAAUAUGGGUGAAGAUGACAAUUCCAAUAUAAUGUUGCGUAUGAUGACAACUCGCUGUAUGAUGCAGGCUGUGUAUUUCUGCAGUGGGACACAAUCAGAAUCUGAAUUUGUUCAUUAUGGUUUGGCAACAGCCAUUUAUACUCAUUUUACUUCACCUAUUAGAAGAUAUCCUGAUAUAUUAGUACAUCGGUUGUUGGCCCUUGCUAUUGGCGCUGAUGCAUCUUAUCCAGAUUUGUUGGAUAAAACCAAACUUCAGGAUACUUGUCUUCAUUGCAACUACCGUCAUAAAAUGGCACAAGAGGCUUCUCGAACAUCUGUCAAUCUUCACACUCAUAUAUUCUUCAAUGAAAAGAGAUGCGAUGAAGAAGGUUACGUUCUGUUUGUACGUAAAAAUGCUAUCCAAGUACUUAUUCCAAAAUAUGGCUUGGAAGGGACCAUUUACAUCAAAAAAGAACAGAGUUCAAUUCUUGUCUUUGAUGAUGAGAAAUACCAAAUGAAAGCUGAAGAUGUUGUACUGAAAGUCUUUGAUCAAGUCACUGUGCAAAUUCAUAUUGAUAAAUCCAAUGUACAACAUUUGAGGCUCCACCUCGAUCUUGUUGAGCCAAAGAUUCCUGGCUUCAGUGUUCCUGCUGUGUCUACAGAAAACACCCAAGAAGAGCCACCUCAGAAGAAACGUAAAACCUUGUAAACAACACACAUUGAACUAAUCACAGUUUUUAAAACAUUUCAUAUCUUAGUCAUGUUGUUUGUUAAAAUUCUUACUCCUGAAACAGACAUAUAAGGUGCAGCUGAAAAAACCUUCCAUAUUUUACACAGCCAUUGGUGUGGCCCUAGUGGAAUUGGGCAAGUGGUAAUGGCAUCUUCAUGUAGCUCAUUGUUGAAAUGUUUAUCAAGGAUGGUGAAUCAGAGGAUUUUUGCCUGCACCCUAUACCUACAUCAUCAUCGUUAUCCUUCUGACAUCCAUUUUCACUUGGUUGGUCAUGGGGCUGGACAAGUGUAUCAUUACUUGUUGUAGUUCUUUGUCAUUGUCUUCAUUGAAAUUCAGUAUCCCAAGUUCAGCUUUCACCACUUCUGCCUAUAUCUUCCCUGGUCUUCUUCACUCGAGUCACCCUUCAAAUGCACCACAUGUCUUUAUCAGCACAAUCUCCUCUUUUGCGCAAUAUAUUUGUAAAUGGAUGUCAGCAGCAAAAAAAAAAAAAGAUACUAGCAAAGAAUGAGGAUUUCCAGAGGUUUUAUGCUUGGAGGGACUGAAUAUUGUUUGUGGUUAGAGUAGAGUUUGGUUGUGAGACAGUAGGAGUGAUGAGAUGACAAGAGACAGGUAUGUUGAGUAGAUAUGGGUGGAGUUGGUAUGUGACUUGCUGGUUCAGAAGAGCAUUGGCUAUGGCAGUUGUGGUGUAAUAGACAAAGAGAGAUCACCUUGUGUCUGUAAGCCAGAGAUUGUUAUGUCUUGGUGAGUCUCCAUCAGUGAGCUGACAUGCAAAAUUCUAGUUAGAACAACAAUCUUUCUGGCUUCUACACAUUCUCUGCAUUUUGCACCAAAAGCCAAUAUGAGAGUUUCUCUCAAGAUGUCUACCACAGUAAACUUUGUUCUAAUAGAACAUCCACGUUUAAUUGGGGAUAAAUAUUACCUCUUGUAAUUAAUACUGCCUUUGUUGCUAAUAUAUAUUUUUUAACAAGCUCACUGGCUAAUCAAGACACCAGCACCUGUUCUGUCAUUGUUUUUUCUGUAUAUUGAUGGUGAGGAGAUGAGUUACUGCCAUCUCUAGCAGCUGAGCAUCCAUUAUUGACAAGACGAAGGAAACAUGUGAUCUGGUGGUCUCAAUGCUGGAGGUGGCAGGGAUUUAUCUCCCCACUAGUGAUAUAAACAAGAGUGCAUUUUGUACCAAAAACUAAUACGAGAGUUUCUUUCAUGGUAUCUACCGCUGUAAAGUUUGUUCUAACAGAAUAUCCACGUUUCAGUGGGGAUAAAUAUUGCCUCUCAGUAUGAAUGCUUCCUCUAUCGCUAAUAUAUAUUGCACAUUGUAUAAAAGUAUUAUAUAAUCUACUAUUCUUUCAGAGAGAAUCCCUUUGUAUCAAGGAGAAGUAAUUGCUCUUGAACUAUUUCCACCAAUUCUUACUCGAGCUGCUAUUCUUUUGAAACAGCCCCCCUACCUCCACUGUUAAUUAGGCCACCUAGGUAACAGAAGCUACCAACUACAUUUAUGGCGCCUUCCAAGUACUUGAAAGAAUAUAUUUUACUGGUGUUCUUACUGCUAACGACAUCUGUACAUGUUCCACUCACAAAUUUUGCCUUCUCUGUCAGCCUACGUGGGAUUCCUACCUUCUCCUUUUCUGCAUAUCAUGUGUAGCCACCAUCUAAAUAGCAAUAGAUUCCCUUAUUUUCUGUUAACUAGAACUUUGCUGAGUUUACUUUGAAGUCUUGAUUCUAAGCCAGGCUUUGCUCCAGCAUUUGGUCUUCCUUCUCUAGAUAUUCACUACAUUAGCUAUAAGAAAUAGAUCAUCAGCAUACAUGAGUUUCCUUGGACAGCCAAUCUUAAAUUCCUCUCGUAUGACCCUGGAAAGCUAAACAGAAAAGGGUGGAGAACCCUGCUGUAAGGGACACACUAAAUUCCUUGUAUGGAACUCAUUACCGUAUUAACCUUCCUGGCAACACCUCUCUACAUGCCUAACACAAUUCUCAUAACCCAUUCAUCUUACACUUAGUUCUCUAAGUGACUUCCAAGCUAAAGAACAUGGCUCCUUAUCAAGAGUUUACUCCAGAUUGGCAAAUGAUAGGUAUAGUGACUUGCUCAUAGCUAAAUACUCACUAGGAAAAUAGCAUCAAUAGCACCCUGUGCUAGGACAAACCCAACCUUCAUUUCACCUGAGCUCAUUUUUCCUCUUUUCCACAUACACAUCACCUACAACACACAUCUUAUUGACAUUUAUACAUUACAUAUGGCUGUAAAUAACAUCAGAACUUUAAAAAUUAUGUACCAUACUUUAUAUAUAUUUUUUUUUUAUGUGUAUAUAUAUAUAUGAUGUUUGUGAUACCUCUGUUUUCUUGAUAGAUGACAGAGAAGUAUUUGCUUGUUCAUGGAAAUAUAAGAGUCUUUAAAAUCACUUGAUUCAAUUGAAAAUGUUUAUCAGAAGAGAAAAAGAAAGCUAUUAAAUAGACAAUGUUUAAUUUAA